AGGUUUAUUGAUCCUGUUGUCAGGUUAAAUCCUAGAAACUCUCCACAAAUAACCAGAUCAAAAGGCAUAACCUGCUAAUGGCGUCAGGUUAACAUGUAAGCUAUCUUGUAUAUUUUUCCAAUGCUUUACUGACACCAGGUAUACACUGAUCUGUAGAUGAUACUAGUACUUCACAAGGAUAGCACGUGUGUUGUUAUAUUCUGAUCGGAUUAACGAAGGAAAACAUACAAAGCUGUUUCUUGGAUAACUUUUCAUACCCUGUGUGGACAGGUUAUAGAUGAAACUGAAAAGAUUUCUAUGAGAAAGAUGCAUGCCAGAUCAUCUUAGGUGGGAGAACAAGAAGAUAACAAUGUCAGACCGGAGAACCAUUGUCAUUGCAAUAGACGACAGUUUCCAUUCUGAAUUUGCAUUUGAUUUUUAUGUGAACAAUGUACAUAAAGAUGGAGAUCGGAUAGUCCUUGUACAUGUACCAGAAUAUAGCCACAUAUUAUCUACUUCAUCACUGUUGACUGAUCCAACUAUUGUGUCUGAUCUCCUAAAAGACAAUGAAGAAAGGAUCCAUGAACUCAUCGAGAAAUAUUCUGUGAAAAUGAAGGAUUCCCACUUAAGUGGUCAUGUAAAGCAACAGUGUGGUAAACCGGGAGAAGCUAUUGUAGAGACGGCAAAAGAGGAGGGUGCAGCAAUGUUGAUAUUAGGAACAAGGGGAAUGGGUUUAAUCAGAAGAACAUUAACCGGAAGUGUGAGCGAUUAUUGUUUACAUCAUGCAGACGUCCCUGUUUUAGUGUGCAGACAUAAACCUCAUAUAAAACAUACGAGUGAUCAUCAUUCUUAAAUUUAUUAUAGUUAUAUGUAAGACCUUUUAAUAAGAUAUAUAUUUUGAUAUAUGAGUUACAUUUGCAAAUGUCAAAGUGAUUUCGGAUGUAUAUUAUUAACAUUAAUUUAGUCAUGAUUUCGCAUUGUAAUAUUCCACUUGGUUAUUAUUAUUAUCU